AUGAAGUUCGGACACAACCUACCAAGGAACCAGGUCCCGGAAUGGGCGGCGUCUUAUAUCAACUACAAGGGCCUCAAGAAGCUCAUCAAGAACGCUGCUGAAGCUUCGAAAGAUGGCUCGGCUCCAGAUCUUGCUGAGUUCUUCUUCUCGCUCGAUCGCAAUCUCGAAGACGUCGACAACUUCUACAACCGCAAAUACGCCGAAAACGCACGACGAUUGAGGCUCCUACAUGGCCGCUACGGACGAGUCGCACAAUUGCCCGACGGCAUCGACAAGGAUGAAGCGCAGGAUCUCAUGGGUGCGCUGCUCGAGCUGCGCGGUUCAAUGCGGAAGCUUCAAUGGUAUGGAGAGGUGAAUCGUAGAGGCUUCAUCAAGAUCACAAAGAAGCUGGACAAGAAGAUUGAGACAGUUUGUCUGCAGGAGCGCUACUUGGCGUCGAAGGUCAACCCAAAGCCUUUUGCGCAUAACCUGCCUCUAAAUCAGGAUAUGAAGGCAGUCAACGAGUGGCUAUCAGGGUUGAGCGACAUCAAGACGUUCGAUGACACGGGCUCCUCCCAUUCGGCGGCCUCUCUGGGCAGAGUUCCAGGUCGCUCGUUACACCUUCCCGCGGGCCUGCUCGACGCUGUGGAUACGGCUAUUCGGGGCGACAAGGUCGAAGAUCUCAACCAGAAACUCACAGAAGCUGCUGCGAGCAAUGGCAUUUCGAGUGCUUCAUUCCAGCAAGUACUCCUGAACUUCCUGCAACGCGCCAUCUCAUGCCGGGCAAAGUCGUGUAUCGAGAGAUUACUCAAGGACAUUAUCUCACUAGAUGAGGAAGACGACAUCAACAAGCGCAAUUGCAUCCACCGACUUGUCAUCAAUAUCGGCCGAUCGAAGACUGGCGACACGUUUGGUGCUGAUGGAACCCUUCUCCAGAGCUCUAGCGAGACGCGCAACUUCAUUGUGCCUGCGACGGAUCCCAAUCGCCAACCUCGCCCUUGCACCACCACCGAAGAAGAGUCAACGCAAUUACUCAGCGAGAACGAUGAAUCGGUACGGUUACUCAUCUACCUCCUCGAUCAGCUCCAGGCUGAGCAACGCAACGCGCUCCAAUCUCGCGACUCCUAUGGCAGAUUCCCGCUCCAUUAUGCUGCGCAAUAUGGAUUUGUCGUCAUUUGCCAGGUCGUUAUGAAGCACAUGCAAGACUGGGGCCAAUUCGACGUCGCUCAGGGAAUCGACUCCGCUUACUGGCAGGAUGCUGAGGGUAACGCUCCUUUGCAUCUCAGCGUAAUGGGCGGACAUCCGCUCACCACAAAAGCCCUCCUCGAUGCGGAAAACUGGCGCGGUACCACAGAAGAACGCCUUACAUCUCGUAAAACCAUCGCGAGAUCAGGGGCAGCCUUGACCCUAGCAACCCGGUCCAACUUCGUAGACAUUGUCAAGCUCUUGGUCGAAGCGGGUGUGGACGUGAACUACCGGGAUGAGGGCGGUGAGACCGCAUUACACAUGGCGGCACGCUACGGUUACGACGAGUGCGCCAAGGUCCUUUUGGGAGGAUCCAGUGUGAAUAAGGCGGAGGUCGAUGUCGCCGAGAAGACAUUCGCUUGGACGCCACUGUUUAUUGCUGCUGUCGACGACCAUCUCUCCAUGGUGGAGAUUCUUGCUGCGGCCGGAGCUGAUCUCCAGAGGUGCGACAACUCUGGCUGGACAGCAAAGGAGCACGCCACGCUCCGUGGUCACAUUGCGGUAGCGAUCAGACUAGGGGAACUUGCUCCUGCGACAGAGCCGCCUCUUGUCGCGCCUAAGGAUACGCGUAUUGCUCGAGCUGGCUCGCCUACACAAUCCUCCCUUGACGAGCGAAGGUCUAAGAAUCUAAAUCGGGACACCAAUACGCCUGUUCAAAAGGCGCCCGAACCCGUGAAGACAUUUGGCCAUCGUUACUUGACCAAAGAGACAAUGAUUCUUGUCAGCCUUGGUUCAAUGGACGCCAGGAAAGAUGUGCCCGCCGUGAAAUUGGACGAUAUCCCUCUUGCCGAUGCACACGCGACGCAACUCGAUACCGCUCUGUCUGUGGUUGUUAAUGCGUCUGGCGCAAACGGAGAACCCUCGGUCAUUGACUUGCCCAUCCAGGAAAACAUUGCGACUGAGCCAAUCACCUUCAUGACCAGCGAUGCCACUAAAGUCAAGCUACUUUUCGACAUUAUCCCAACAUAUGCGGGUUCUCAAGAGCGUGUAGUGGGACGAGCUGUGGCCUUGCUGUCGACCAUCAAGACCAGUAUUGGAUCUAAGCGCAUCUCGCUCCAGGGAGACAUGAAGGUACCAAUCGUGGCUGCCUCGACACUGGACGUUAUUGGCACAGUUAACUUCAACUUCUUGAUCAUUACGCCCUUCCACCACCCGAGCAUGUCGAUCACAGAACAGCAUACCUACUGGAAGAAAAUGGCUGCAUCGACCAUGGUCAUCGGCCACCGCGGUCUAGGAAAGAACACCGCCUCACGUACGUCGCUACAACUCGGCGAGAACACGAUUCAAUCCUUCAUUUCCGCUGCCAACUUGGGUGCCGAGUACGUGGAGUUCGACGUUCAGCUAACCAAAGACCAUGUGCCCGUCAUCUAUCACGACUUCUUGGUUAGCGAAACUGGUAUUGAUGCCCCCGUACACACGCUUACAUUGGACCAAUUCCUGCACAUCGGCGAGGGCCAGAAGCCACGAUCCUCUCGCGCUGGAUCACCAGAAACUGUGCCUGUCCUCAACGGUGCAAAUGGCACAGACGACAAGCCCAACACCCGGAGACUCCGAUCAUACUCAGUCGAUAAUUCGAAACAGCGCAACAUUCACACUGAUCGUCAGAACGAGCUCGCGGAACGAAUGAAGUACACCCGCGACUUUAUGAAAAAGGGCUUCAAGGGCAACAACCGUGGCACAUCCAUCCAGUCCUCAUUCACAACUCUCGACCGCAUGUUCGAUGAGUUGCCUGAAUCAGUCGGUUUCAAUGUCGAGUUCAAGUACCCUAUGCUUUACGAGACAGAGGAUGAGGAGAUGGACCAGUACGCUGUUGAGCUGAACCAGUUCGUCGAUACAGUGCUGCAGAAGGUGUAUGACAGGAUGGGCCAACGGAACAUUAUCUUCUCAUCUUUUAACCCCGAUGUCUGCCUGAUGCUAUCCUUCAAGCAGCCCUCAAUCCCGGUACUCUUCCUGACCGAUGCGGGAACUUUGCCCGUGGGCGAUGUGCGAGCGGCCAGUCUACAGGAAGGCAUCCGGUUUGCUAGCCGUUGGAAUCUUCUGGGAGUCGUCACCGCUGCUGAGCCCUUGGUCAUGUGCCCGAGACUUGUCAAGGUGGUAAAGGAAAGUGGUUUGGUGUGCGUCUCGUAUGGUAUACUGAAUAACGAUCCUAAGAACGUCCUCCUCCAACGAAACGAAGGCAUCGACGCCGUCAUCGUAGAUAGCGUACUGAAGGUCCGCCAAGGACUCCAAGCACCGCACCAAGACUCCACCAACGGCGUCGUCAACGGCGCGUCGCUCGUCGUUCCGUCCGAAUCGGUGCCUACGAUUAAGCAGGCGGAUGAGGUCUUGCAGAACGGCGCUGAGAGCAAGGCGGCCGCGAACGGAGUAGUGUGA